UGGCAUCUCGGGUCGCGGCGAGGACCGUGAAAUCAGCAGACGGGGGAAAACUAGACACCCCGAGAAGCCGGAUUACCAGUGUUCCCGAGCAUUUCAGGGAUCAGCUCCCUGGGCCGCGGCAGGCGCCGGGGACACUGGCAUUACGGGUUGAGAGGGCAGAGACAGCAGCGGCAUGCGGGGGUGAGGAUGGAUGCGGGCAGCGGCACACCGGCAUGAGCGGGAAGUGAGGCAUCGACAUCCUGGAAUGCGCGGGGAGCCGCCGUGACAGCACCCACAUCCCGGGCCGCUGCUGGCACUUGGGCCACAGGGAUGCCCCUGUGCAUUCCUCCGCAGGUGGAACCAGCUCCUGCUCUGCUGAUCAUGGUCAACAAGACCUUAACUUACUGGGGUCCCAGCUUUGAGGAGGAUGUGAUCAACAUCAAUGUGGGGGGUCUGAGAAGGCGUCUCAGCUCCAGCGCCCUCUCCAAGUUCCCUGACACCCGCCUAGGACGCCUGCUCUCCUGUGACUCUGAAGAGUCCAUCCUGCAGCUCUGCGAUGACUACGAUGUGAGCGCCAGGGAGUUCUACUUUGACCGGAACCCUGGCUUCUUCCUCUACGUGCUCCACUUCUACCAGACAGGGAAGUUGCAUGUCAUGGAGGAGCUCUGUGUCUUCUCCUUCUGCCAGGAGAUCGAGUACUGGGGCAUCAACGAGUUCUUCCUGGACUCCUGCUGCAGCUACCGCUACCACGAGCGCAAACUGGAGAGCCGGCAUCAUGACUGGGAUGAGGAGAGCGAGGUCAGCAGUGUGGACACAUCCCCUGAUGAGAUCUCUGACAUCAACCAUGACCUGUUGCGCUACAGGACGCUGCGCUGCGGCAACGUGCGCAAGCGCCUCUGGCUCACCAUGGAGAACCCUGGCUACUCCAUCCCAAGCAAAAUCUUCAGCUUUGUGUCCAUCAGUGUGGUGCUGGUUUCCAUUGCCACCAUGUGCAUCCACAGCAUGCCCGAGUACCAGCAGGUGGAUGAGAAUGGCAGUGUGCUUGAUGAACCCAUCCUGCACAAGCUGGAGUAUUUCUGCAUCUCCUGGUUCACCUUCGAAGUGUCUUCCCGUCUCCUGCUUUCUCCCAACCCCAGGAAGUUCUUCAAGCACCCACUGAACCUGAUUGACAUUGUCUCAGUGUUGCCCUUCUACUUCACUCUCAUGGUGGACUUGACCAUGGGUAAUGACUCGGAGUUGGGCAACCUUGGCAAGGUCGUGCAGGUGUUUCGGCUCAUGAGGAUAUUCCGGGUGCUGAAGCUGGCUCGGCACUCCACUGGACUGAGGUCUCUGGGGGCCACCUUGAAGCACAGCUACCGGGAGGUGGGAAUCCUGCUGCUCUACCUGGCCGUGGGGGUCUCUGUCUUCUCCGGUGUGGCCUACACUGCUGAGAAGGAGGAAGACGUUGGCUUUGACACCAUCCCAGCAUGCUGGUGGUGGGGCACGGUCAGCAUGACCACAGUGGGCUACGGUGAUGUGGUGCCUGUCACCGUGGCAGGCAAGCUGGCUGCCUCGGGCUGCAUCCUGGGGGGCAUUCUUGUUGUGGCACUGCCUAUCACCAUCAUCUUCAACAAGUUCUCUCACUUCUACCGCAAGCAGAAGGCACUGGAGGCAGCUGUGAGGAACAGUGGAAAGAAAAUCCCCAAGGAUGUGGAGAGCACCUGCAGCCAGGACCGAGACUCAGAGACUCUAAGUGAGACCUCCCUGGGCAGAGGCAGUCCUGACUACCGUGGUAUGACUCCCGAUGCCCACCUCACACCCUGACCCCAUGGCACCGGGGCACACAUAGAACUCACGUUCUCACUGAGGGCAUGACUGUGGCAACAAGACAUGGUGAGGGAGCCAGGCUCUCCCUGUCUCACACAGCAUCUGGCAUCAAUCCCCCAGUGAAGAACAGGAGGGUUUGGAGGAGCCACCCAACGGGUGCCAGCUGCUACCAGCCCCUGGGAAGCAGCAUCUGGGUAUUACUAGAUGUGUCUCAGCCUUCACCCAGUGAAGCCUUGGUCCUCUGUGGCUGCAGAGGCUGCAGCACUGGAUGUACCCCUGCAGAAAAGGAGUAAGACAAAGAAGUGGAAGUGACCCCUGACCAGGCAUUGCUCUGGCUGUGUGGAGGGGACUUUGUUCUGAGAUUGUGUGUUGUCCAGGGUGAGACUGAAUAGCUUAAGAGUGAGGCAGCUCCUCAUCAGGAUGGCUGCCCUCGCAGGUUCUGUGCCAGGUUGGUAUCAACUCCAGCCCCAACCUCAUCCUAUCCACAGCUAGAAACAGCCUCCAAAGGCUCAGCUGCCCCACUGGCUAUGGGGAGAAAGUGAGUUGGAAAUGAAUCUUUAUGGGAAGGGAAGUAUUGUCCAGCUCAGGGUGAGUCCCACUGCCACCAGCCCCUGCAAUGGGAUCAACUGGACCUCAGCUUUCACUGCAGCUGGGUUUUAGCUGAUGUCCUGCCCUGGCACUACCUAGAGCCCCCAGGGAUCAUGAGCUGUGCUGGGAGCACGGCACAGCUGGAAACACUGUCGAUGAAGUGGGUACAUCAGGCAGGGAUGAUCAGGCAAAUGGAUGCUGUCCUCUGAGGCAGGAGCAGCCAGGGAGGAUCAGGCUUGGGGAGGACUCAGAGGGCCACCCUGGUGGGGCUCUUCCCCCAAGCCCUUUGGUCCAUGGGGCAUUUGUUUUGGAGGAGCAGCUGCUCUCUGUGCCUGCUGGUAUCCAGCCUCCUGGGCAGAGAGGGGACAAAGUCCCUGCAAAGGGCCACCAGGGAGCAGACAUGAGGGGACAAGGGAUAAUUCUGGACACGGAGAAGCUGUCUCUGCCAUUACUGUAUGCAUGUGAUUCUCACUGUAGGAACAGCUGCCAGGCAGGGGCUGUUGCAGCUCUCAGUGGGGUGGAGGCGAUGACCAAAACCAUCUGGGUUUGAGCUGGUCCCCAUCACAACUUCCACAACUGCUGUCCUGCCUCUCCUUGCCUUGGGACCAGACUGUAUGGAGGGGGUGCCACUGCCCCAAGCAUCCCCUCUGUACCUGCAGGGAGCUGAGUUCCCUUGGUACCAAUGAACUGCUCUUCCCUUUGCAGGGAAGGAGCACCCAAGCACCCUCAUGUCCACAGACCAGCUGGGCCAAGAGGAGCUCACACUGCUCCUCAUCACCGCCACCAUCUGAGUGCCUCAGAGCUGGGCAGGGAGGUGUACUCAAAGCCCCCAGUCCUUUUCCUGCCUGGAUCCCCUUGCCCGGUUAAGCAUGUUCAGGACUGCUUCCAGCACAGCAUUAAUUCUCUGCAGAGUCUUACCUUGUCCUCCCCCAUUCUCUGUUUGGCAGUUGUGCAGCUCCUUCGUGCACAGAAGAAUACACCCAGCAAUGCAUUAGCAGGGGAAGUAUGCCCCCUGCAAUCAUUCAAUCAGCUAAAAAAAUCUGUUGAUGGCUGCAGGAUGGCUUCAGGCACCUGGAUCUUGGUGUCUGUCACCAUUUGUCCUGGACAGCUUUCAUCACAGCUGCAGCUGCCAGUGCUGGCUCUGCCUGUGGUAAUCCUGGGAAAGAAAGGACAGGUCCAGUCUAUCUGAAGCCCAGUGGGACUCAGGGAGAGGCCCCCAAGGAACAGUGCUGUGGGAUGGCAGGGGGGUGUGUGUGUGUGUGUUCAUGAUCCUGGCAUGACCAAGUCUUCCAGUAUUGACAGUUUGUGCUUUGCUCUGUGUUCAGGCUCACUGUGAGCUGGGACAAGUGAGCUCCAUCUCCUGAUCCAAUCAGCGCCUGCUGCACUGUUACUUGAAUGAAAGGGAGGAGUUCUCCCUUCUGUCCGUGAAUACUCCAGUAGCAAGAUGUGAAGCCUGAAUUACAUGUACUAAUUAAAAGGCAUUAUGCAAAUAAUUUAAAAAGCAUGUAAAUUAGUUUUCUAUCUAUGCAUGGGAUGCAUACUGUAUAUUUUAUUAAAGACUGAAGUGACCUGCUCUGGA